AGUCAUUUUCUGUACUGUCAAUUCGCGACAUAUGGGGGUCCGGCGAAGAUUCCUGUUGGGAUAAACAUUGAAAGUUGAAUUAUCUGUCGAAGGAUUCAUUAUAAAACAAAAUGGGAAGUGUUACAAAUACAACCGAGAAGGCGCUCAAAAUGCUGCGCGCCCUGCCACGCGUCACAAUAGGAAACAUUCGCCCAAAUCCAGAUUCGAAGCAAAGGUCAAAACGGGGACGAGGACAACACGGUGGCGACAAGCAUGGUGCUGGUAACAAGGGUUCUGGUCAGCGACAGAACUUCAUGCGCUUAGGUUACGAAACAGGGAACACUCCGUUCUACACCCGUUUUCCAUAUGAGCCGUACUACAAGGGGCAUCACCUUCGCCGCGAAUAUCGUCCCAUUUCAAUGCUUCAGUUGCAAACUCUUCUGGAUACCAAUCGCCUAGACACCAAUGGAAUAAUUGAUCUGACUUCGAUCUGCAACACAGGCUUGUUUUCCAUUAAACCUGACGAACGGCAGUAUGGCUUCCAAUUGACUGAUGAAGGUGCAGAUCUUUUCCGAGGAAAAAUUAAUAUUGAAGUUCAGUAUGCUAGCGAUGAAGCAAUAGCAGCGAUUGAGAAAAACGGAGGUCACAUACGAACAGCUUAUUACGAUAUGCGCAGUCUUCAGGCAAUGAUUAACCCGCAGAAAUGGUUUGAAAAAGGUGUACCGAUCCCCAAGCGUAUGGUUCCGCCAUUAGACGCUAUGGAAUAUUACAGUUCGGCAGAGAGAAGGGGCUACCUUGCUGAUCCAGAAGAAAUUAGCAAGGAAAGAUUGGUGCUCGCACAAAAGUUUGGAUAUGAACUACCGAAAAUCGAAGAAGAUCCUGACUUUGAGCGAUUGACAGCAACGAAAGACCCUCGUCAGAUAUUUUAUGGCUUGGAGCCUGGAUGGGUGGUUAGUUUGAAGGACAAAGCGAUAAUUAAGCCUAAAUAAUUCGAAUCCAGUCGUGUUGUUAAUUGAAAGUUGUAGAUAAAAAUAUAUUAACGUAUUUCAUAUGAAA